AUGAUGCCUAUCGUCGGUCAGUGCAAACUUGAAGUAUUAAAAGUCGAAGAACCCUCAACACCAUCAACAACAACUCCGGCUCCACCCUCUGCUGAUGCACUUCGAGGAAUCAUCCCAUCCAAUAUUUUAAGUCAAUUCCCACUUCAUCCAGCCGCCAUGGCUCAAUUCCUCUCCGCUCAAGCUGCAGCUGCUCAACAGCCAAAUCUAGUAUUCCCAGGCGUUCCAAUGUUCCCACCUGGAAUCCCAGCAGAUUUUAAACCAGAACUUUUGAUGGCUGCUGGCGGUCCAGGACCAAUGCCAUUCAUGUUUGGAGAUGCUCAUCGUCUGUACCAUCCAUAUGGGUUGGAUGGAAUGAAGAAAAGGAAUGCGACUCGGGAAGCAACAGCACCAUUGAAAGAUUGGCUUCAUGCGCAUCGUAAGAAUCCGUAUCCAUCAAAAAAUGACAAACUGAUGCUGGCAGUUGGAACUGGAAUGACGUUAACGCAGGUGUCCACUUGGUUUGCCAACGCUCGACGACGACUGAAGAAGGAGAACAAGAUGACGUGGUCCCCACAGAACAGAAGAGGAGAUGGAUGUGAUGAUGAUGAGGACGAGGAUGAUGAUGAUAUGAACCGUCCAUCCAGCUCCACCUCUAUCAAUUCUGAAAGGAAAGGAGAAUCGCUCUUCGGAAAACCUCAUCUGGCAUCUCCAACGCCUUCAGGAGGAUCUGGGGGAUCAGAUGAUCUUCAGACGCCGAAGAAGGAGCAGAACUCUCCAAUCCCAGAUGAUUCGGAAUCGCCAAAAAGAAAACCAAAGAUGUGGUCCAUUGCCGAUGUCACCACUUCAGAUGACGAUUCAUCGAAAAAGGACUCGCCACCAUCUUCCGACGAGAAUAUGACAUCAAAUAGCCUUCUGAUCCAGUCGGCGAUGAAGAAACAAAUGGAAAUGUUCUCUCGGAUAGAUCCCAACAUCUUCCGCAUGAAUCCAUUCAUGUUUCAAUUGAUAGCCCAACAAGCAGCACAGAGCCAACAGAUUUCUCUUCUGCCAUCUCAGACGACGCCUCCAAAUGAAGCAGGUGAGCAGGUGAAGGUGAGCAGGUCUGAAUUCGCAAGCGGAGACGUCGACACCAUCCCCACUGUCUUCCCCAACGUCAUCUCCUCGGUCCCACCAAGAGUAGAGACUCCAGCUUAUUGA